ACGCCUGUGCCUCGGCUGUCCUGGCGGAGCGGUGAAGGUGAACCCGGCUACUAGCUGUCUACCGCCCUCCUUCCCUGCCAGCUAGCUUGAAGAUCCGGGGCCGCCUUCUCUUUUCUCUCCAGCCAUGUCCGUGUUCAUCGACGUCCCGCAAGCGCCCCCGGUGGCCGUCUUCAAGCUGACCGCCGACUUUAGAGAGGACAGUCACCCACAGAAGGUGAAUCUUGGCGUCGGAGCCUAUCGUACAGAUGAUUGCCAGCCGUGGGUGCUGCCGGUGGUCAAGAAGGUGGAGCGACUCAUCGUGGAGGACAGCAGUCUUAACCAUGAGUACCUGCCCAUUCUUGGACUGCCUGAGUUCCGCUCGGCCGCCUCCAAGGUCGCCCUGGGAGACGACAGCCCUGCCAUCAAGGAGAACAGGGUUGGUGGUGUCCAGGCACUGGGUGGGACGGGCGCGCUGAGGAUUGGUGCGGAGUUCCUGCGGCGUUGGUACAACGGUGUUAACAAUACGGCCACGCCCAUUUACGUGUCUGCGCCCACCUGGGAGAACCACAACGGUGUUUUUGCAGACGCUGGAUUCAAAGACAUCCGGCCAUACCGCUACUGGGACGCUGCUAAGAGGGGUCUGGACCUCAGUGGCCUGCUGGAGGACCUCGAGAAAGCUCCAGAAGGUUCCGUCUUCGUGCUGCACGCCUGCGCACACAAUCCCACUGGCACCGACCCCACUCAGGACGAGUGGAAGCAGAUUGCAGAGAUCAUGAAGAAGAGGAGUCUGUUUGUCUUCUUUGACUCUGCCUACCAGGGCUUCGCCUCUGGCUCUCUGGAAAAAGACGCCUGGGCCAUCCGCUUCUUUGUGUCUCAGUGCUUUGAGCUCUUUGUGGCUCAGUCAUUCUCCAAGAACUUUGGGCUGUACAACGAGAGGGUGGGCAACCUUACUGUGGUGGCGCGCGACAGCGACAACCUGACUCGCAUCCUGUCUCAGAUGGAGAAGAUCGUCCGGACUACCUGGUCCAACCCACCCUCACAGGGGGCACGUGUCGUCAGCAAGACCCUCAACUGCCCAGAAUUGUUUGCAGAAUGGAAGUCCAACGUGAAGACCAUGGCCGACCGGGUGCUCCUCAUGAGGGACCAACUCAAGUCCAAGCUGCAGGCCCUCGGCACCCCGGGGACCUGGGACCACAUCACCCAGCAGAUCGGCAUGUUCAGCUUCACGGGCCUCAACCCCAAUCAGGUGUCAUUCAUGGUCAAAGAGAAGCACGUGUACUUGAUGGCGAGCGGCCGCAUCAACAUGUGUGGCCUCACCUCCAAGAACAUCGACUAUGUGGCCCAGUCCAUCCACGAGGCCGUCACCCAGGUCCAAUAAGAGGCCACACCCCCUCCUCGCCUUACCUACGUCCACCCUGGCCUCUGAUUGGCGAGACUGCCAAUGGGAGGUCCCUCCAUAUGUCAAAUCCUGCUUUUGUCUCCUGUGUGACGUCAGGCCAGUAACGCUGUGCAUCCUCACUUUUUGCUGUUGUGUAACUGUAAGCACAUUUCAACCAUGACGUCAUCACACCUCCUUCAAAGGUCGAGUUUGUUUUAAAGUGUCUCUCGGCCCAAACGACACUGAAAUGAAUAUUCAUGAAUAUCCUAGGAAAGAUGAUUGACAUGAAGAGCUGCUCUCCUGCUGUAUUUGAAUCAAACGGGUCACAUCAUUACAAUAAACUUGAUGAGCUUUUCUUCAUUUGCGGCCUUUUUAGAGGCGCGGAACAAGCGGAAUUUGCUUGUCUUAAUGUUUGAAAGCUGACAAAAAUGUCCUUCAUGGGUCCCGCGGGUGCUUAAAAGUCAGAAAAGUGCUUGAAUUAUACAGUAAGGAACAUUGGAAAUGUUAAGUGUAACAGUUUCUGUCUGCACACGUAAACUAUGAGUAUUGCAGUUUGCUUGUUAGAUGCACAAAUAAAAUCAGAGCUGUACAUUAAAGUG